ACCCCCGAUUAAGCGGCCUUCUGAACAUUUACCCGAGGGUGGCCAUUGAAUAGGAGUUGAACUGAACGGGUCCUGAACUACUUAACUUCUUCAGACCUCUUUUCAGUUGCGAUUAUAAAAGUGUUACAACCGUCGGAUGUAGUAAGGCAGUACAAAAUAUGGCUUUCGUUUGCUGUUUAAUACGUUGACUUUGUGUUCGCAAUCAAAAGUGCAUUUACCGCCAGUCCUCAAAUAAGGAAACAAUCUACCCAUCAAACAGCCGUCAAAAAGCGGUAUUAUUUUACCGUCGAGACUCUCUCUCAUUAAGUAUGCUUAUCUAAAUAAAAAUCGCAAACCACACAAUGGUAAUUCUAUAUUUUACUUAAUGAGAUUCGUUGCUAGCAUUGUAGCGUGGCUUGUAGCGUCGGUUGUCGGUCGAGUCUGUUUUGAAUCACUCAACUUCUUACAAAUAUCAUGUCAGGGCGAGUACAGAUGAAAUGUCGAUUGUGCAAAAACCAUGGGAUUUUAACUCCACUUCGAGGGCACAAAUUUAAUUGUCCCUUUCGAAGAUGCAACUGUUUAAAUUGCAAAACCAGGCAAAUGCACAAUCGCAGCCGCGUUCAGCCUGAUGAAAACAAGCGUGCCAUUAACGACGUGGAAUCCACUGUAAACCAAAGGGUGAUCGCUUGGAUAAAUGGCGAAGAAGAUGAAAGCGUAGAAGCUCAUGUGAGUGACCAAGUCCAAAGCGAAGAUGAACCCUGUACAAGUCAGUUUCAACAGACAGUGACGUAUAGUGGCUCGUUUCCAUCGACACCAGCUGAUAGCCAAGGCCCAGGGCUGACCAACGGCAACAAAGUAACCACUAGUGCCGGCAGGGCAUCUGGUAAAAGUUUAGCUGUGAAGCUACCUAGAGUCGCAUUAAUGAAGGCACUAUCCUCCGCUCAGGCCCCGCAAGCGGUAAGUCCAAUAAAGUGUAUGCGUACGCAGCACGCACGUACUCAGUCCGCUGGUUUACAGACUUUAUAACUCGUAUGCAAACGAUUUUAUUUGAUGUUUUUCAUGGAUCACAUUUUAGCAUAGUUUUAUGUUUUGAAUUCAUUUGUAAAGCUUUAUCUUAUUCAGCUCUAGAGCUGGAUUUUAAAACUUCAAUAAACUAUCUACAUGUAUCUAAUGAUCUUAUCUAAGUUUAUCUGAGCUCCUGAAUCAUUGAAACACUGAGCAACUCGAGAAAAUGGUCGGAGAGUUUUUGUCCUUCUAAAAGUAACCAUUUUGCCGUUUAAUACUACAACAAAGUCAGCUUAUAUUUUUCCAAACAUUUGCGUUUUAAAUUACAUUUUCUGGCUUUUAAUUUCCUCAUAAACGAGAAUAUUUUCGCACAAAUCUGCAAGACUCUGCGCGUAUUAAACUAAGAAAUUUUUGGUAACGAAAAGUUGGCAUGAUGUAUAGAGGUCAGUUCUACGAACUGUGCUCGAUGGACUAAAAAUAUUACUAAAACAAUAAAGCAAUAAAUGUACAUCAUUCCGUGAUCAGUUCGUGGGAAGAUAUUGUUUUGAUUUCUCAAGGGCGCAAUAUACAACUUCAACGUGCUUUUGAGUGAACCCUCGUGGAUCAAUUUAAAAAGACAGUGAAUGUUGUGGCAAAGAAAGUUAACCCUGUUACUUCUAAAGGCCUUUGAUGACUUUUGUAGUUUUUCUACUUUAUGCCUGUGGCCUUCUAAACAGUGUGGUUUUAUUUUUCUGGGUUUACAAUUCUUGGUCUUCGCCGGGAAGAUUGGACAAGAUUAUUUUAAUGCAAUUAUUCCUGAACACUUGGAAUAUUAUAACACAUGCGGCAGUUGAGAUUACGAGGCAGCAUUUUUGGACCGUUUUGGCGACGAUUUUCUCGUUUUUGUCGGUUUAUUUGCUGGCAGCACUGGUGUUUUCAACAGCCUUGGGAAGGCCCAUGCAAAAACGUCUGAACUCUAAACGAAAUAUCGUCAUUUUUGCUUUAGUUUCGUUUAUCUUGCUGGUGCUUUACGGGCGUAGAUAUGAACUUUGUGGAAGUGAUAACUGUUUCAGUCCUCAGCUCGCUAAUACAGAAGAUGUACUCGCCAUUCUGAAGAGUGAAUUAGUGGCAUUUUACUCGCCUACUGGCGUCAUUUUGUUUGGCUCGUGGUAUCUUGGUUUUCGUACCUACAUGUUCAGCCGAAUGACAGUUGUGGAACGCGGGAGAAACUGCCCAAAACGAUUUGCCCUCCUUUGUUCAAAUAUUGCUGUUUCGUUGUUUAUUCUCUAUGGAAUAAUUGUUAUUGAUGGUAUUUUAUAUUUUAACGACGAAGAUGAAAUAUCUUUGGCGAACCACUUGUGUCGAAUGGGCUGUCUUCAUGAAGAACUUUACCUUUUAUUGUCCAUAUUUCCGGUGUAUAUGGCAUAUUUUAUAAAGCAGAAUGAAGGAAGACCUCUACAAGAAGAUGUAUAACAAUAAUUUAUGACUGAAAAAGGAACGAAAUAAAGCUAACUUCAAUCUGCAGAAUAACCAUUUAAUAUAAAUAAGAUAAUACAAUAGUAUGCAAUUUGGAUAUUGGAAUACGCUGGCAACAAAGGCUGCGCGCACGCCAGCAGUAAAUUAAAUAAAAUUAAAUAAGAUAAACAAAACAUGAGAAAGAAUUAAAAAGAUAGAGACAAAUCUAAGUGCCUCAGCUGUUGGUUUAGACGUUAUGUUUACAAGCACUUGUAGUCAUCAGAGACUUGUCUCGACUUAUGCUCUGCAAAAUCUUUCACAAUUCUAGAUUCUGCCGCCUCGAGUUUUCAAGUUAAGAUAAAAGAAGCGCUGUAUAUUAAGUGGGAAAUUCCAACUCUAAACCAACAGCUGUGGCACUUAGAUUUGUCUCUUUUCUCUCGUUUCUUUUUAAUUUAAUUUAAUUUUGAUUUUUAAUUUUUAAUUCUUUUUCAUGUUUUGUUUAUUUUAUUUAAUUUUUUGAUUCCGUUUCAACUAUACUGUUGGCGUGCACGCAGCCGUUGUUCCCAGUGUAUUCCAAUAUUCAAAUUGUUAACCUAAAUUUUAUGGCGUAAUUCUAUAACGUAAUCAUGUAUACAGUAAAAUUCAAAUGUAUAGCCGUCGAACAUUUGCAAUUGAAGAUGACAUAGGAAUUUCGAAACAUGUUUUGUAAAAUGAAAAAUGUUGUUUCCUUUUUAAUAAUAAUAAUAAAAUUAAACAAGGGGGUUGGUAGGCUCGAUUCCCGCCACUCUCUCGCGUCCGGUUUUCGGGGAAGGAGCGCGGGCUCGUUUCCCGAACACCGGCCUAGGGGGUGGGGUGGGGGAGCGUCAUUUUACUCCCUUUUUUAAUACCCAUUUC